AUGUUUUACGAUACGAUGAUGACAAGUGUGAAGAUACUGCUGUUAACAUGUAUACUCAGAUUGGAACCUACGUCGAGUCAAAACCAAAAUAAAAGUCCUAUUAUGAUAGCGGUACUGCUUCCAGAUGACAACAUAAGGCCCUUCUCCAUCCAGCAUGUACUGCCAGCUAUAGAGAUAGCCAAAGAGAAGAGGCCCGAUGGUCUACUACCAGGGUUUCCUAUAGAAAUCAACUAUGCCGACUCCAACUGCUCUGGAGCUGACGCUAUGAACGAAGCCAUCAACUUUUACGUCAGAAAAAAGUUACAUGUUUUCCUGGGCCCUUGUUGCGACUACGCCGCUGCUCCUGUUGGAAGGCAAACAAAAUACUGGAACAUCCCUAUGAUCACAACGGCAAUUGCUCGUGAUUUCACAGUAGAGAAGCUCAACAAGUAUCCGAUGGUCACUCGAGUCUGGGCUACCAUUAACAAGAUGGCCGAGUUUUUCUCAAAACUU